CGUGUGCAAGAACAGCUAGAUACAGUCGUGGGUAGAGAACGAGCCCCAUCUUUCGAAGAUAUCCAGCGUCUUCCUGAGUUACACGCAUUUAUGCAUGAAUCGUUGCCCUGGAGGCCUGUUUGUCCCGCUCGGUUUUCCCCAUCGUGCCACGAGGGAUAUAAUAUGGAAAGGGUUACGGAUCCCUGCUGGCGCAACAGUCUACGGCUGUCACUGGUCUAUUUCUCGUGAUGCAAAUGCUUUUCCUGACCCCGAAAACUUCGACCCUCAGAGAUGGGUUGAACCAUGCGGGCGCAUUUGUCCGGAUCUCAAGUCUUUCCCAUUUGGCUUUGGCAGGCGUGUUUGUCCAGGACAGUAUCUCGCAAGUGAUUCUAUCUUGAUUACUCUUGCGUCUUUGUUCUGGGCUUUUCGAAUCUUGGAACCCAAUGAUGCGCCCAUAGAUAGGUGGGAUGCGGGGCAUUUGGAAGAAAUCGUGGGGCAAUCCUAGUGACGCACAUAACCUUUUGAGACUAUGUAUUGUCGGACGCGUCCACUAUGAUCCAUUCCGUACAUAGUAGCUUGAUCCGGGAAGCGAUGAUAAAUCAAUCAUGCGGUAUAGACAACACCAUUCUGCGCCCCAAGUGCCUGUCAUUGUGCACCUUCGUCGAUCGGCCUGUACUUUCUGCUUAUAAGAUAUUACUCUGC